CUCUUGGUUUUUCGUGCAUUACAAUACAGAGAACUUUGCCCCCAUGUCCAUCAUGGGGAACCCUCUGUCGAAGGCGGCCGCCGUUGAUUUUGGCAUACAGUGGAGUUGCUGGGCAGUGGCAGCUGCACUAAAGACCGAAAAGUUCUAUGACCUGGCCGGUUCAGGAACAUUUCUGUUUCUAGCGUUACAGAGCUUGAAAUGGGGCGGUCGCUAUCACCUCAGGCAAAAGGUCAACACAGGAAUGGUGGCUCUCUGGGCCUUCAGGUUGGGAUUGUUUCUGUUCACAAGAAUUCUGAAGGAAGGACAGGACCGUCGCUUCAAUAAGGUCCGAGACAGACCCGGGACAUUCUUUGUGUACUGGACCAUUCAAGGUGUGUGGGUGUUUUUGACCAUCCUUCCCACGCUGAUCUUGAACUCAAAGAGGGAAGAUCGACCAAUCACGACGCAGGAUUACGUCGGAUGGUCAAUGUGGGUCACUGGCUUCCUCCUGGAGACCAUCGCAGACUCACAGAAAUCCUCUUUCAGGGCAAACCCAGAAAACCAGGGGAAGUUUAUCCAGCACGGCCUAUGGAGUGUGGUUCAGUACCCUAACUACCUGGGGGAGAUCAUGAUGUGGUCUGGCCUCUACCUGUCCUCGACCUCCGUUCUCCGGGGAUGGGAGCAUGUCAGUGUCAUCUCCCCGCUCUUCCUAAUCUUCUUGUUGACCAAGGUCAGCGGAAUUCCCCUGCAGGAAAAGUCCGCACUCAAACGCUACGGAGGAGAUCCAGCAUUCCAUGAACAUAUCCGGAAAACUCCGAAACUUAUUCCAUUUAUCUGGUAGAUAAUGAAGAUGCCUUGUGCAUAUUAAGUGAUGAUUUUACAAGUAUAUGUACAGUGUAGUAAAAUUCCAAAACACAUACCAUUUUUCUGGUAGAUAGUGAGUCUUACACUAUGCCUUAUGAUAGUUGAUUAUUUAUCAAGUACAGUGUAAAAAUGAUCAAUUCAGCAAACAUCGAAACUCACUCCAUUUUUUCCUGGUGAACUUGCAAGUGCCAGAUGCCCAUUGUUUGACCAUUUAUCUUAAACAAUACAGUGUUGCAAUAUAAUAUCACAAAAAUGUUAAAUGUUGUGCAAUUAUCUGAAAGAUAGUGAUAGUUAAAUACAGUGUAGACAAUGAUAUACAAAUCUUUUCUACCUCAUCACUGUGAAACAUCCUAUUAAAAGGAGAGAGAUUAAUGUCCAAAGAUUAACUUCUGUUAGCCUUUCCUUUAUUGUUAGAAUUACAACUUAAUUAAGCUGAUGAAAAGAAAAACUCUUACAGUUCUGUAUUUAUAAAGCAAUUUCUUAUUGAGACUGUUACAUAUUUUACUGUAACGUUGGAAAUGUAUAUAUGGACAAUUGUGCAUCAUGAAAUUCUCAUGAAAGAACAUUCUUAUAUGUUUCAUGGGAAACCUUCCAGAUAGUUUUACUUUCCAAAAAUAUUUUGGAAAAUUCUCCAAUCUUGUGAAAAUUAUUUUUUGAGAAAUUUUACAAAAUCAUAUUAUGUGCCACUUUACAUGAAUUUCACAUGAAUUUUUUUUUAAAUGUAAGUCCUUGCAAGUGAUAUAAGGCUCAAUUACCUGUGGAUGUAAUACUUGUUGCUCAGGUGAGCACUGUGGUUCGUGAACCUCUGGUUACAAUGUAGUCAGUUAUUCAAAUAAAAUGUUUGCACACUU